AAAGAAAGGAUCCUAAAUACAUCUCUGAUGGAAUACUGGAAAAAAUAAAAAUUGGUAUUUCAAAUACAGUUGGCUCUCCAUAUCCACAUGUGCAUCUGUGGAUUCACAAUCAUGUAUGGAAAAGAUUAAAAAAACAAAUUCUGGGCUGGGACAUCCCAGUCCCGGCUGGUCCUCUCGCCCGCCACCGGUGCGACCCGUCUGCGCAGCCAGCCCGGUUAGCCCGGUCUGCACUGCCCCCCGGCCAGCUGGUCUCCCACCGCAACCAUGGAUGCCAUCAAGAAGUUGCAGAUGCUAAAGCUGGACAAGGAGAAUGCCGUCGAUGGCGCUGAGCAGGCCGAGGCUGACAAGAAGCAAGCUGAGGACCGCAGCAGGCGGCUGGAGGAGGAGCAGCAGGCCCUCCAGAAGAAGCUGAGAGGGACGGAGGGCGAGGUGGAAGAGUAUUCUCAAUCAGUGAAGGAUGCCCAGGAGAAACUGGAGCAGGCUAAGAGAGCCACCGAUGCCAGGGCAGAUGUGGCCUCCCUGAGCCGCUGCACUCAGCUGGUAGAGGAGGAGGUGGACCAGGCGCAGGGGCGCCUGGCUACAGCCCUGCAAAAGCUGGAGGAGGCUGACAAGGCAGCUGAUGAGAGUGAGAGAGGGAUGAAGGUCAUGGAAAACCGAGCUAUGAAGGAUGAGGAAAAGAUGGAGAUGCAGCUGAAGGAGGCCAAGCACAUCGCUGAGGAUUCAGACCGCAAGUAUGAGGAGGUGGCCAGGAAGCUAGUGAUCCUGGAAGGAGAGCUGGAGCCCUCAGAAGAGACAGCUGAGGUGGCUGAGAGCCGGGAGGAGGAUCUUCGAACCACGGACCAGGCCCUCAAGUCCCUGAUGGCCUCAGAGGAGGAGUAUUCCACCAAAGAAGAUAGAUAUGAAGAGGAGAUCAAACUGCUGGAGGAGAAGCUAAAGGAGGCUGAGACCCGAGCAGAGUCUGCCAAAAGGUCGGUGGCAAAGUUGGAGAAAACCAUUGACGACCUGGAAGAGACCUUGGCCAGUGCCAAGGAGGAGAACGUGGCAAUGCACCAGACCCUUGACCAGAGCCUGCUGGAGCUCAACAACCUGUGAGGGCUGGCCCUGCCCCCAGCCAGGCUAUAGUU